AUUCGUUCUUGGUUCGUGACAUUUAAAAAUAUCUUCUUAUCAUUCUUAUAAUUAAACUUUGGUGAUGUUCACUCUGAUGAUAUUCAACAAUGUGUUGUCGGCAAAAUCAUUAAGAAGAAGAACAAAAAAAAAAAACAGGAUAAUUAAAUUGGAUUUAUGCCACCAAAACACUGUUAUAUUUUUAGCCAGAAAUUUUUUUCUCUUUUCUCUUCAUUCUUAAAUCCUAUCCUGUUGUGAUCUUCUUCUUCUUCUUUUUUUUCUUCUCAAAAUAAAGUGAAAAUUCUUAACCAAAUCGACACACAGACCGAAUUCUUUUCAAAAAUAAUUUUCUCUUUUUUGGCCGUAAAAACAAUAGAUAUGAUAAUGAAAGUAUGAAUAUAAUGUGUGAGCGAAAGCGAAAUGUAAAUCUUUACAUUUUUUUUAAACACAUUGUUUGUUUCGACUAAUCGGUUGAUUUAUCAUUGAGAAAAAAAUGAAUUUUAAUCGUAAUGAUGAACCCUCGGCACCACCACGUAGAAAACAACAACAGCAACAACAACGUUCAUUAAGUGUAUCAAGAUUUGAUUCUCAGCAGCAACAACAACAUUCACCAUAUCAUUAUCAACCGAAUCAACAAUCGUUUCAACAACAAGGUUAUUAUGGUGAUGAUAAUCAAAAUAUACCUGCAAGGUAUAAUAAUAAUCGUAUGAUUAGAGCAGGAAAUUAUUCGGAAGAACAUAUUCCAGCUUUGUAUCAACAACAACAACAACAACCUGGAUUGAUUCGAUUUGGUUCGUUUGAUAAUCAUCAUUUACAAUCGAAUCAAUUAAUUACUGCUCAAAAUUAUCCACCAUCUAAUCGUCGAAUAUAUCAACAACAACAACCACCAUCGCAACAACAACAACAAUAUUAUCCCGAUAAUAAUUAUAUUGAGAAUGAUCAAGAAAAUUAUUAUUAUAAUGAUGAUCAGAUGCUUUUAGAUUAUCAUCAGAAUCAGAAUCAUUUGGGUGAUUUUUCCAUUCAAGGACAACCAACAGCAAUAACAACAACAACAUUGAUUAAUAAUCAACAACAACCAUCAUUAUUGUUUGCAGCAAUGGCUGGUCAACCAUUAACACGUUUUAAUUCAAAUCCAAAUGGAUUGAAUUUCACAUCACCAUCAUUAUCAUCGUCGGGUAUCAAUCGAAUGACUUCAUCAUCGUUGUAUGCUCGUCCACACUAUGAUCAUCAUCACAAUCAUCAUCAUCAUCAACAACCGAUUAAAUCGUUACAAAAUAUUCAUUAUAAUCCUUAUCAAUCGAAAUUUAAUCCAACUUUGAUGGCAAAACCAUCAUUAUUGUUGGAUGGAUCAUCAUCAUCAUCAUCAUAUCAAUCGACACAAAUUUCUACACCAAUUACACAGGCAAUUGCAACAAGACGUGAUCCAAAAUAUAGUAGUAAAGAAAAAUUAAAUUUUGCUGGCUUUAAUGAUUCGUCGUCGAUCAAUCAUCAAAAUCAUCAAGUAAGAUUUGCUCAAGACAGUAACGAUACUAGAACCAGAACACCACCGGCAAGACCACCACCACCAAAAAUUUAUUCAAAAUUUAGUAUGGAAAAUUUAUCAUCAACAUCACCGACAUCGAUUGGUUUGAAUAAUGAUUAUGCUGUUAUCGAUAAAAAUCGACGAGAUCGACGUUCAUUAUCACCAAGUCGAAUUGUUCCGCCUGGUGGUAUACAACAACGUCCUUAUUCUAGUCGGCCAACAUCACCAUUACCAUUAUCAUCGUUGACAACCGGACGAAAUUCACCAAAUUAUUCACCGCAACAACUUUCUCGAUCAUCAUCAAUGAAUUUUAUUCGACCUUCAUCAGGUUCUCGUUCACCAUCAUCACGAGAACCAUCACCAAUUCGAACAUUUAUGAAUCUAUUUUCACCUAAAUCUAUCGGUUCGGGUUCAAAUCGUUCGAAGACAUUAUUUUCCAAUGAAAAUAAUAAUCAAAAUUCAAAAAUUCAAACAAAUGAUUCGUUACAAGUUCCUUCAUCGGAUACUUUUCAAACCAAACAACAACAAAUUGAAUCUGAAUUGAAAAAUCAAUCAUCAUCGAAUCAUGUUGUUGUUAAUGAUAGAAAUUUUUCAAAAGCAUUUACUGAUCAUUGUGAUCAAUAUAAAUCGGUUACAAGUAAAAUACUUGGAAAUAGAAAAAAUAAAUUUACCAUUGGCGGCGAUGAUAAUAAUGAUCAAUCAUGUUUAACUGUUAGGGAUGAAGAUUUUCAAAAAAUGGAAGAAUUUAUGAUGAAUAAUAAUCAGGAAAUUCUUUUCGAAGCAUCGAUUCGACAGGAUAAUAAUUAUCCCGACUUGAACGUUCAACCGAUUCGGACAAAUAACAAUGAAAAACAUUUCCAAAAUGAAAAUCCUAUACAACAACAGAAACAAUGUACCGAUAAUAAUAAUAAUAAUAAUAUUGAAAAAUUUGCAACAAAACUUGGUGAAAAAUUAUUAUUAGAAUCAGGAAAAUUACAACGAAGAAAUUCAUCCAAUACUAAUCUGGAUGGUAUUCAUCAACGAAAAGCAUCAUUACCUGCUGAAUAUAUUGCUGCUACAACAGCAAAUGUUGAACAAUUAAAAUUACAAACAAUCAAUAAUGAUGAUUGGUGGUGUCGUGAAAAUGUUGCACAAUUAGCACAUAAAGCACGUGAACGAAAAUUACGACCAGAAAAUCAAAUGAAACAAAAAAUGAAAAAAAUUGGUAUAUGGUUUACACGGCAAUUUGUCUUUCUUUUAAUAUGUGCAAUGAAUAUAGCGAUGGCAUAUCUAUUUUACAACCUGAUGACUGCUUUGCCUUGAUGAUUUGGUUGUCAAAACAUCUACAAAAAAAUCAAAGUUCAAAAAUCAAAAAAUCAAAGUUCA